UGUUUUUGGUAAAAGAAAAGAAGAUUAAUGACUCUAGUUGGCAGCGUGUAAUAGCGACUAUAUCUAAAAUAUUUAAUGUAUCUCCAUUACAAAAAAUUUUUUUUCUAUUUUCGCCCACCCAGACAAACAUUAUUUAUAAAAUACCUCCAAAACUAAACAGCAGAAACAACACAAAAAUUUUCUCUGUCUCUCUUAUUUUUCUAUAGUCUCUCUCCACACUCUAACCUCUCUCUCCCUCUUCCCCCCUUAUUGUCCCUACCAAUCAAAUCAUCAUUUAUUUAAUUCAACUGACUUUUUCAUGGAUACCGCCAAAAAAUUCUUUUUUUUCAUGUCAACUAAAUAACAACACCACUACUACCAACCCAAAUAUUCAUCUCCUAAAAAUCUCCCCUCCCUUCCAUUGUUGUCGUAAAUGGAUGAAUUUAUGCACUUCUUUUCUUCUUCUUUAUCCUCUUACCUAAAAUCCAACAGUGCGGUGGGGUGUCAAUUUUUAAUUGUAUUAUAUAAAUAAUACUUGUAAUUUUUAGUAAAAAUGUGUGUAAAUGUGGUGAAAAUUAUUAAAAGAAGAAAAUAGAAAAACAAAGAUUUGCGGACAAAAAAUAAAUCUGCAAAAAAUUGGCGGACAAACUCUUGCGGACAGACUGGAUAAGGAAAUGAUAGUUCAGCUGUGCCAGGUCUAUGACCAAAGAAUUUCGAAAGCCUUGGAUAAUAGCUUUAACCUGUGGUUUAUGGAUAGCAGACAGUCCGCAAAACAUUUGCGGACAAACUCGUGCGGACGUACUGGAUUCGGAAGUGUUAGUCAAGCGGUGUCAGAUUCGAAAGCUAGUGGGCAUAAGAUGUCGAAAGCCUUGGAUAAUAGCUUUAACCUUUAGAUUAUGGAUAGCAGACAGUCCGCAAAAUAAUUGCGGACAUAAAUUAAAAUUUGCGGAUUUUUGGUUUGUAAGGGAUCUCGAUGUGGUAUAG